AUUCUUUAAAUUGUUUUCAAUAACACAAUGAAUAGUGUGAAUUAAAUCGUUCCAAUUUCUAACACACGUCUAAUUUCAUUUAUUCUAUCAAAAACAAACUGUCAUCAACAUGCCAAGAAUAAUGUAGCAUUCAAAACAGGAAAAAAUAUGUGAUAAAUUUAUAGUGUUUUAUAGAAAAAAUGUUUGUUAACUCUUUAAAAUUAUGUUCGCCAUUGAAAAUCGUGAACGGCGGAUUUUUAGCUGCUGGAAAUAACGCAGCCGUGGGUCAUGGAGCUUUACGUGUUGGUCAGAACAACUAUUCUAAAGUUAAAGGCUCCUGCUGCAAAGAAGUUGCGCAAACUGAAGGCAAAAAAGUGGAGGUCUGGCCGAGACCUGACCCUCCUCCUCCGGCCUGGCGUGCGGAAUGUCCCUGCGAACCCCAACCACCCAACUACGACCCCUACAAAAUAAAGGUUCCGGAUAUAGUCGUACCUCCAAUGCCUCCGAGCAACGCUAAGCCGAUGUUGGAUUGCAGCCUCACCCGGGGCCCGUGCUCGGCAAAGCCGGCUCCCUCUCCUCCCGAGUGCCCACCGCCGCCACCUAAACCCUUCCCCUGGAUAUACGUGUGGACGGUCGCCGGCUUCUUCGGUACCAUGGGUGUUAUUUACAAACUGUACUUGUGGAAAGAACAACAAGAAAGAUUAGGAGAAAACAAACCUAUAUGGCGGCCGCGGCCGAGGCUCAAAAGUCCAUACCACGACCGAGACCUGCCCGCCUGUGUGCAGUACCUGAUUGUGGGCGCCGGGGCGGCCGGCUGGGCGGCUUACAGGGCCAUUAUGGAACACGAUAAGAAAGCAAAGGUGUUCUUCAUAAGCAAGGAAGACUGUCUACCGUACAUUAGACUUCCAAUGUCGAAGCAAAUGUGGUGGAACCCCGAUCCGCCUGACAUCAAAUCCCUCAACUAUUUAGAAGACGGAAAGAGACGCACCAUGUACCUAGCGGAUUGUUCGAAGUUCAUGGAUCCGGUGAAGUUUUACCGGACUAAGACCGGACCGGCCGUGUCCGUGGCGACCGGAUGGUGCGUGCUGAGGGUGGACGCAGACGAGCACGUUGUCUACGUGAAGACAAUGUGCGGCGAGCAGCCUAUAUACUACGAGAGGUGCUUACUGGCUCCUGGUUCCAAACCGAAGAGUUUGAGCGUGUUCAAGUCGGCGCCCAAAGCGGUCCGGCAGAAGGUGUGCGCGCUGCGGACCGUGCGCGACCUGGAGCUGGCGCAGCGCGGGGUGCGGCGCGCGCGACACGUGGUCGUGCUGGGCGGCGGCUGUCUGGGCACCGAGCUGGCCUGGCAUCUGGGGAGGAUGAAUCAGCUCAUCGAACGUAAGCCCGAUGAGGAGCCGCUGCAGAUAGUCCACGUCUUCAAAGACAAAGGCAUCAUGGCUGGAGUCAUACCAGACUAUCUCGGCGAGUGGGCCACUGAGAAGAUCAAAUGCGAAGGCGUCACCGUAAUGCCUAAAACGCAAGUGUACGACGCGUUCGAGACGCCCGACGGGAGGGUCCAGUUGACGCUGUCUAACGGAACUUCCCUGGUCACGGACUACGUGCUAGUGGCGGUGGGAGCCGAACCGCGAAUGGAACUGGCCGAACCCUCGUUUCUGGAGCAGGACCCGGUCAACGGCGGAUUCCUGGUCAACACAGAACUGGAAGCUAGAACACAUCUAUACGUUGCCGGAGACGCGGCCAGUGUGUACUCGCAGUGGCGCGACGUCCGCUUCCGGGACGAGCACUACGACACGGCCGAGCGGCUCGGUCUCAUCGCCGGCGCCAACAUGACGGGCCACUGGCUCGCCUGCAACCUCGAGCCGCACUACUGGCUCCGGCUCGGAGACGCGCUGCAGAUGGAGGUGGUGGGUGAAGUGGGGGCUUGUCUCCCGACGAUCGCGUUGUUCAAGCAAUGCGCUCCUGAAGAGGUCCCCAAAAAGACGGAGACCCCCGCGGGUGAUGGCGAAAAACCUUGCUACAAAAAGUCGGAGGAGUACCAGAACCGAUACAAGCGAGGCAUCGUGUUCUACCUGCGCGACGAGACCGUGGUGGGGCUGGUCUUCUGGAACAUGCCGCCCAUCGACGACAGGAGGGACGUGGCCACCGAGAUCCUUCGCGCUCGACCCUCGUACAAAGAUAUAAACCUGCUAGCUGAACUCCUGGGCUUCGCAGAGACGCAGUGCGUUUACAAAACGCACGAGCAACUCAAGGAACCUGGUCCUUGCAUUCGAAACUGGAGAGAAUUUUGAGGAGAUUUUCAAUUUAAAUAAUAUUUUGAAAUAGUAAUGUUACUGGAAGUAUCUACCUAUAUUUUGUGAAACUUAAUAAAUGCUCUUGAAUCAUC